AUGGACGCUUCACGAGGUCAGUCGCUCCGGUAUCGCGGCAGUGAGGAUCAAGCAGGCAAGACGAUGCACCACAACGAAAACAAAAAGCUGGACUCCAAGUAUGGAUCGACACCGAAAGCCUUGGAUCCCAAGAUGCACUCUCAUCCAGCAGACAGGAUGAUCACAAUCUCGCUCUUGAUCUUCGCUGCUUGCCUGCGCUUCUACAAAAUCUCCUUUCCGGACGAGGUGGUGUUCGAUGAGGUGCAUUUCGGCAAGUUUGCAGCCUACUACCUUCGUCGUGAAUUCUACUUUGACGUCCACCCUCCUCUGGCAAAACUCAUGAAUGCCUUUGCCGGCUACAUGGCUGGUUUCGAUGGCAGCUUCGAAUUCGACCAGAUCGGAGACAAGUACGUGGAUAACAAGGUUCCUUACAUGCGCAUGCGCGCUCUCCCCGCGAUCAUCGGCAGUCUGCAGGUGCCGCUGAUCUACGCGAUCAUGAGGGAGAGUGGAUAUGCUCCCCUCAUUGGCGUCUUGAGCGCUGCUCUCUUGCUCUUCGACAACGCUCAUAUUGCACAGGAUCGUCUCAUCCUCCUCGACGCUCCUCUGAUCCUGUUUAUGAUGCUCAGCAUGUACUGCUACAUUCGCUUCUACAAGCUGCGCUACAACGAGUUUGGUGCCAAAUGGUGGUCCUGGCUCAUUGCUACCGGUCUUAGUCUCGCAAUGACGAUGAGUUGCAAGAUGGUCGGCCUCUUCACCUUUAUCACCAUCGGCGCUGCGGUCGCUUGGGAUCUUUGGAGGUUGUUGGACAUUCGACGUGGACUCGAGAUGGAGCAGGUCGCUCGUCAUUUUCUUGCAAGGGUCUUGAGCCUUAUCGUGCUUCCCUUUGCCAUCUAUCUCUUCUGGUUCUGGGUGCACUUUGCCAUCCUCAUCAAGAGUGGACCUGGCGAUGCUUUCAUGAGCUCGCAGUUCCAGCAAACGUUGCAAGGCAACCCUAUGCUCAGCAGCGCACGCGAGCUUCAGUACUACGACCAGAUCACCAUCGCACACAAGAACACCAAAGCUUUUCUCCAUUCCCACGCCCACCCUUACCCACUCAAGUACGACGACGGCCGUAUCUCGAGUCAAGGCCAGCAGGUGACCGCCUACCCGCACAACGAUACCAACAACCUCUGGCAGAUUGUGCCCACCAAGCCCAUCCCACAGGACGAGGUGCAAGGCCGCUUGGUGCACAACAAGGACCUCGUCCGUCUGCUUCACAUCAACACCAACUCCUACCUUUUGACGCACGACGUUGCUUCUCCACUCAUGCCCACCAACCAAGAGUUCACGACGACUGCUGCCAACGAGACCUCUCGCUACGACGAGACGCUCUUUGAGCUCCUGCUCGACCAAGAGGCUCCUAAGAAAAUCCUCAAGAGCAAAGCUUCCUGGUUCCGUCUGGUGCACAAAAACACUCGCGUCUGCAUGUGGACGCACGCCGAAGCUCUGCCCGACUGGGCCUUCAACCAGCAGGAGGUCAACGGUAACAAGAACGCUGUCGACAGAACGUGUCUCUGGUACGUCGACCAUCUGGCUCCCAGCACGCAAAGCCCAGACUACGAAGAGCGUCUGAAGCCCUUACCUGCUCGCAAAGUGAUGCGGAUGAGCUUCAUGAAAAAGUGGCUCGAGCUUCAGCUGCAGAUGUUGCAACAGAACGCCGGCCUAACGCAAAGCCAUCCUUAUGCCAGCGGACCGAUCAACUGGCCCUUCCUGCUGCAAGGCAUCUCCUUCUGGACGCAGGACCAAGGCCAGCAGCAGAUCUACAUGAUCGGCAACCUCGUCAGUUGGUGGGGUAGCGUACUUGGCGUUUCCGUCUUUGUCGGUCUUGUUGCUGCCGAUUUGCUCGCUCGCCGUCGUGGUGUCUAUCCUAUCGCUACCGCAGUGAGGAAGAGGUUGCAUCGCUCGACCGGCUUCUUUGUCCUUGCUUGGACGUGCCACUACAUUCCUUUUUUCCUCAUGUCCCGCCAACUCUUCAUCCACCACUACCUGCCAGCCCACGUUUGCGCCUGCUUGGUCGCUGGUGGUGUGUUCAACUUUGUCGCUAGCGAAACGAUCCAGUCGCCCAUCUCGCACCCAGGACCCUUGUUGAGGCUGAGGGAUUUGAGGCCGAGCAUGGACAACCUUGUGCCCAAGCAGGCGAGGGUGGUGAUCGCAGUCGUUCUCGCUGCUUUGCUUGCCGUCUUUUGGUGGCUCAGUCCGCUUACUUAUGGUACUCCAGGCUUGACCAAUGCAGAGGUGCAUGCUAGGAAGUUGCUUGCUUCCUGGACGCUUCACUUUGAUAAGUGA